GCAGAGAGAAACGCGGUUGUGAAGCAGAAAUGUCGUCGGUGUGACGCUCCGUGUCGUUUUCAGGUUUUCUGAUCCUCGUACAUGAACCGAGAUCAGCCUCGACCUCUCACCAUGGUCCUGCUUGGAAAAACUGGAGUCGGUAAAAGUGCUUCAGGAAACACAAUUUUAAGACGACGAGGAUUUGAGUCGAAGCUGUCCUUAAAACCAGUGACGAAACGUAUCUCUGAGGAAACAGAAUAUGUGUUCGGGCAACACAUCUCAGUGAUCGACACUCCAGGAAUAUUAGACACCAAGUACAAAGAUGAGAUUAACGACUUCUGCCAGGAGCUCCUGCAGUCCUCCAGACGUUGUCUGUUUCUGGUGGUGCUCAGAGUUGGAAGGUUCACAGAGGAGGACCAGAGGGCUGUGAGGACAGCUCAGGAAGUCAUCGGGCCUCGGGGGAUGAAAAACACUUACCUGCUCUUCACUGGUGGUGAUGCUUUAAAGGACAAGACGUUGGACGACUUUAUCUUUGAAGAUGAAGAAGAAGCUACACUUCCAGAUGUUGUUAAAAUGUUUGGGGGGGCAUAUCACCUCUUCAACAAUGAUGAUGAUGAUGAAGAACAAGUCAGACAGCUGCUGGUGAAGUCAGGCCACCUCUCACCCCAACAACAACCUGGUCCCUCAGCUGAUGUCUCCAGAGACAGGAGGAUCGUGCUGCUGGGUCGACCUGGAGCAGGAAAGAGUUCAUCAGGAAACACCAUCCUAAGAUCUGAAAAGUUCAAAUCAGGCUGUGGCUUUGGUUCAGUCAGUACUGAGACAGUCUCUGAAUCAGCCACAGUGGAGGGUCGUCAGGUCACAGUGGUCGACACUCCUGGAUUCACUGAUGCUGUUCUGACUCCUGAACAGCUGUACCUGGAGAUCAUGAAGUCAGUAGUGAAGGCCAGUCCAGGACCUCAUGCUUUUGUCUUUGUGGUCAGAUUAGGCAGAAUCACAAAAGAAGACAUCAAACUGUUUGAGAUACUUCCCAAACUGUUUGAGGGAGGUGCCUCUAAAUACUCCAUGGUCCUGUUCACUCAUGGAGACGAUCUAAAAGGUCAAACUAUGGAUAGUCUGAUCAGGUCCAACAGACACGUGUCAGACCUGGUCUCCAUGUGCGGGGGUCGAUUCUGUGUGUUUGACAAUAAAACCAAAAAAAGCAGAGAGCAGGUCAGAAGCUUCCUGAGUAAAGUAGAUGAGAUGGUGUCAGCCAAUGGUGGAGGACACUACACUGAUGACAUGUUCAGGAUGGCUGAGACGUUCAUUAUGGAAGAAAGGAGAAAAGACGCAGACAAGACAGGUCCAUUAGUAAAGACAGGUCCUACAGGUGCGACGGGUGCGACGGGUUCUUCAAGUGGAUCAGGUGGUGCUAACAGUAUAUUCGCGAAAAUUUAUAGUUUCUUCAAAGAUUGAUACAAUUGUGUUUUUCUCACAGUUCCUGACUGCAAUAAAGGAAAUAUUAAAACUAUUGAACU